CGUCAGCCUACAACUUGACGUCAUUCUUCUGACGGUCCAAUCAUCUCUCGGGGUUUGUCCUCCAGACUUCUCCUCAAGAUUGUAACUUCCGUCUUGAGCUGGCUCGGUCUUUCUGAUCGUGACGUGUAUCACGGAGGAGUCCCUCAUACUGUACAGGUUGCUAAUAUGAAGUUAGCCAGUCCGGUAGCAGGUGAUAUUAAGUGAUUCGCGGGAGAGAAAUUAACGAACAAACUAUCUUUGGUCAGAGCUUCGGGAGCAAUAAUGCCUCUCAUGGUCGGCGGAGGACAUGGACGGGCUGGUAGAAGUGUAGUAUGUGUCUUGUUUCCGCUCGCCGCCGUGUUGUUGUUGUCGGUCGGAGUUGCUGCUGUUCCAGAGGAGCACAAACCGGUCCAGGAGCAGCCCCCACAAGAGAAAGCCCCAAGUCCUCAUCCACUGGGCCCAGUGGUGUCUGAGGAUGACUCCACCAAAGGAAACCUGGGCUUCAUCCACGCCUUUGUGGCCUCCAUCUCUGUCAUCAUCGUCUCAGAGUUGGGAGACAAGACAUUUUUCAUUGCAGCCAUCAUGGCCAUGCGUUACAACCGUCUCACUGUGCUGGCGGGCGCCAUGCUGGCCCUGGGACUCAUGACUUGUCUUUCUGUGCUGUUUGGCUACGCCACCACCAUCAUCCCUAGGAUCUACACGUACUAUGUGUCUACUGCUCUGUUUGCCAUCUUCGGUAUACGCAUGCUGAGAGAGGGGCUGAGGAUGAGUCCAGAUGAAGGCCAGGAGGAGCUGGAGGAGGUGCAGGCAGAGAUCAAGAAGAAGGACGAAGAGCUUCAGCGCUCCAAGCUGGCCAAUGGGACUCCAGAUGUUGAGGCUGGAUCAGGGACCACCCUGCCUCAGGGAAAGUGGCACAGCUUCAUCUCGCCCAUCUUCAUCCAAGCCCUCACCCUCACCUUCCUCGCAGAGUGGGGCGACCGCUCGCAGCUGACCACCAUCAUUCUGGCUGCACGGGAGGAUCCAUUUGGAGUUGCGGUGGGUGGCACACUUGGACAUUGUUUGUGUACAGGCCUGGCUGUGAUCGGUGGGAGAAUGAUUGCCCAGAAAAUAUCAGUCAGAACAGUUACAAUCAUUGGAGGUAUUGUUUUCCUGGCGUUCGCCUUCUCUGCCCUGUUCAUCAAGCCAGAAUCUGGAUUUUAAUUGGAUGAGAGACUUUGAUAUUUUCUCUGUACAUACGUGUAAAAUUUGGUCCAGUUGCUGUAGAAAGACUAGUUUUGACUCUGUAAGUGUCCAACAGAUCAUGUGACAAGUUUAAAGAGGGAGCCAAAGUCCCGUCCAGCUUCCCUAGAGAGCCUCUGUUCCACUGCAGCCUGUAACUCAGAGGGUGAAUCUAACAUAAUAAACAUUUCCCAGGAGUCCUAACCUGAGGUGGACACUAAAACCUCAUGGGAGGUGUAGUCGUUAAACGAAACAAUCAGUGUUUAAUCCUUAUAAAGUGAAUAAGAGGUUAGAUACACAUUUAUCUUAGAGCAGGAAACCUGGAAACCUCAGAAAGUCCAAACCCUUGAUGAGAAGAAAACACCCAGCAGCAGGUUUCAGUGGAAGAGAGGCUAACUAGGAGAGAAGGCCGAGCUGUGGCUUUCUGUGCGAGCUGUAUCCUCAUCACAAGGUGUGUGAGAGAAAGAAGACUUGUUGGAUUGUUACUGAUCGCUGCCCUCCGACCUGUCUCAGAAGCUCUGUGGCUCAGACACAGAUCCUCACAUGCAGUACUUUCCUCACACUCAGACGCUGAGUCCAUUUCAAAAUCUUUGCCUUGCCUUUUUGUUUUUUUUAAAAUGUUGCCUGGUUGAUUUUUGUCUAUUUAACUUGAGCCCAGGUGCUGGUGUUGCUCAGUUGUUUAUUCCACCUUCCUCUCCGGGUGACACUCCUUGCUGCAAACCAUUAAAAUCUCAGAAGAAGCGGGCCAUGCUGCGUACUGUCAGGAAAAACUAGAGACAGAACCAACAGCACAUAAUUAAGAAAUUGCUUGAAGUUUUCUUGAAUUUCCCUUAGUGGUUGCCCCGUUUGACUGCCAAGACACAAGCAGGUUUUUGUGUUAAAGAGAGGGAGGCCUGAACCACUAGAAUACCUCUGCGUCUGACAGACCUGCAUUAGGUACAGUAUCAAAAUACUAAACACACAUAGAGAUAUAGAUCAGGGGUCUUUAUAUUAACCCCAGUUUCAGGUGCUGACAGAGAACAGGUGAACGGGUUGAAGACAGUCCAGUACUCACUCUUCCUAUGUGGUUAAAGCCAUUUCUAGUAUGAACCUCGCUGCUUCCAUUUUUAAUGCCCCGAAUCCCAGAGUGGGUGUGACAGAAUGUAACCAUGACAGCAUCAGGUACAGAUCAAGUCACCACCAUGUUAUUUUGCCGUAAGCAGCUGCACCUCAACCAGCAAUGUACUUUGAACCUACAUUUCUCCUUUUAUUUAAACUGUAUGUAUUUAUUUAGCUUGACUUUUUUCUUCUUAGCAUAUAUGUACUGUAGACACAAAGGGUGGGACAGAGAGGACACUAGAAACAAGGAAUGGAAAUAUUUUUUUAAGUAAACAGGCUAAAGCUGCGUUGUCAAUAUUUGACAGGCUGUGCCCAGCUGUGAAAUACUUCUGUUUGUAAUACAGGUUGGUUUGAAAUGCCUAUAAAUCUGAACUGCUCAAUAAAGAUGUUUUAUGUGUUGUCUUA